AUGUCGGAAACUGUUCCUUCAGCGCCAGGACCGUCGAAGCCUCUAACGCACUCGUAUACAUACCAUUCACCCAAGCCCACUGCUGAUGGGCCGUACAUCCUCGGCGUCGAUGAAGCCGGUCGUGGGCCCGUUCUAGGACCACUGGUAUAUGGCGUCGCCUAUUGCCCAGCCUCGUAUCAGGAAGAUUUGGAGGAGCUCGGAUUUGCGGACUCCAAGGUUUUGAGUGCUGACACGAGAAGGACACUCCUCGAUAGCUUGUCUUCAGACCCGAAGAACUUGGCUUGGGCAGUUCGAGUUAUUGCGCCUCAAGCGAUAUCAAGUGGCAUGUUGCGCAAACCUUCCACGAAUCUAAACAAGCAGUCCGAAGACGCAACGAUUCUGCUCAUACGAGAAGUCCUGGAUAAGGGGAUAGAGCUUUCUGAAGUCUACGUCGACGCGCUAGGUAACACCACGACAUACGAAGCCUAUCUAAGCCGAACAUUCCCUGGUAUAAACUUCACCGUGACGGCCAAAGCCGACUCCAAGUACAAGAUCGUCAGUGCGGCUAGUGUUGCAGCGAAAGUCACUCGAGAUGCUUGUAUAGAAGGGUGGGUCUUCGAAGAAGACGAUCCUAAAAGCGAAGAGUCGCUAUGGAACACUGAACUAGGGAGCGGCUACCCAUCAGACCCCAAGACACAGGCUUGGUUAAAAAAGACACUCGAGCCCACCUUCGGUUUUCCUAAGCUAGUCAGAUUUUCGUGGGGCACAGUCAAAGUGCUGUUAGAAAAGCACGGAUAUCCAUGUCAAUGGAUCGACGAGGGACAAGCAUCCCUCAUCAAGGCCUUUGAGAUAGGCAAAGGGCGGGACAAGGACCGAUGUGCGAUAGCGAAGGACUUGUGCAUUCGCAGCGUCGACACUCUGUAG